CACAAGCUCCUCCUUACCUUUCCUGCCUCAAACUUGAGGAUUGGCGGUGCCAGGUGAACGCCAGCGCCUCACUUCUAUCAGUUUUUAACUCGUUAAUAUGAACCGGUGAAUGGGUAAAAAUGCGCUUUAGCUUUCAUGUUGGACACAGCAUCUGUCCAAGCCGAGAGGUUUUGUCGAAUAUUUGCUUUUGUCAAAUGGUGUAAUGGUCGUCAAUAAUACUCCAAAAACAGGAGCAGCAACGCCUCUGGACAAACACAUGGACUCGCUGGAACAUCCGAUGUUACAAUCUCAAGGCAAAGGAGCUCGGAGAAAAGGCCGAUUUAAAGGUUCAGAUGGCAGCACCUCCUCUGACACCACCACCAACAGCCUUGUGCGCCAGGGUUCGGCCGACUCCUACACCAGCCGUCCAUCAGACUCCGAUGUGUCCCUGGAGGAGGAUAAGGAGGCAGUGCGCAGAGAGGCAGAGCGACAGGCUCAGGCACAGCUUGACAAGGCCAAGACCAAACCAGUUGCAUUUGCUGUUCGCACAAAUGUCAACUACAGCCCGAGUCACGAUGAUGAUGUCCCUGUGCCAGGCAUGGCCAUCUCCUUUGACGCUAAAGACUUCCUCCAUGUCAAAGAGAAAUUUAACAAUGACUGGUGGAUAGGACGUUUGGUGAAGGAAGGCUGUGAAAUCGGUUUCAUCCCCAGUCCAGUGAAGCUUGAAAACACUCGUAUCCUCCAGGAGCAGAGAGCCAAACAGGGCAAGUUCCACUCCAGUAAAUUGGGAGCAAACUCAUCUUCUAGUUUAGGUGAAGUGGUUCCUAACUCACGGAAAUCUACUCCUCCUUCGUCUGCCAUUGACAUAGACGCCACAGGCUUAGACCCCGAGGACAAUGAGCUUCCCGUCAACCUGCGCUCCCCUAAAGCCAGUCCAAACACUGUCAUGUCACCCCUAGCAAAAGAGAAACGAAUGCCCUUCUUUAAGAAGACGGAACACAUUCCUCCGUACGAUGUUGUGCCUUCCAUGCGGCCCGUGGUUCUGGUUGGACCGUCACUGAAGGGCUACGAGGUGACAGACAUGAUGCAAAAAGCACUGUUUGACUUUUUGAAACACAGAUUCGAGGGAAGAAUAUCAAUCACUCGCGUCACGGCGGACAUCUCUCUCGCCAAGCGCUCAGUCCUGAACAAUCCCAGCAAGCACGCCAUCAUUGAACGCUCCAACACACGCUCAAACUUGGCUGAAGUCCAGAGUGAGAUUGAGCGGAUUUUCGAACUGGCCCGGACGUUACAGCUGGUGGUUCUAGACGCCGAUACCAUCAACCACCCGUCACAGCUGGGGAAGACUUCCCUCGCCCCCAUCAUUGUCUACGUCAAGAUCACCUCCCCCAAGGUGCUGCAGCGGCUCAUCAAGUCCAGAGGCAAGUCUCAGGCGAAACACCUCAAUGUCCAGAUGGUGGCAGCUGACAAACUGGCUCAGUGCCCUCCUGAGAUGUUUGACAUCAUCCUCGAUGAGAACCAGCUGGAGGAUGCAUGUGAGCAUAUGGCUGAUUACCUGGAGGCCUACUGGAAAAGCACUCACCCCACCAGCUGCAACCCCCCCAACCCACUGCUAACGAAGCUGCCCACAGCCACCCUGCCCUCCAGCCCAGCCCUGGUCUCUGGUGUGCAGGGCAGCAGUGCAGAGCAGAAGGGAGAUAAAGUGUUAGUGGAGAGACAGGGCUCCAGAGAUGAUCACCAGCACCAUCAUCACCAUCACCACCACCACCACCAGAGCCAGGACCAGGCUGUUGCUGAUGCAGAGGCCGAGGAGGAGGGCAAUGAGGAGGAGAAGCCCCUGAGGACAGAGUCCUCCAGGAGAGCCCAGCAUAUCCACCACCGUUCGUCUUCCACCAGGACUGAGCACCACAACCACCACCACCACCACCACCACCACAGCAGUCGAGCCAGGGGCCUCUCGCGGCAGGAGACUUUGGACUCUGAGACCCCCGAGAGCCGAGAAAGCAGAGAGAGCCGAGAGAGUAAGGACUCGGCUUAUAUUGAGCCGCGCACUCAGCUCCUCCACCAGGAAGAGGAGGAGGAGGAGGAGGAGGAGGAGGAAGAGGAGGAGGAGGAGGAGGACGAGGAGGAUCUAGGGGAGGGGCACCCCCAGCAGCAACAGCGUUACGAGCCGCUGCCCCACCGGGACCACAACCACCAUCACCACCACCACCAUCACCGUGGUGGGGCCGACGAGGCCGGCCACAGCACGGGACACCACCGUUCCAAAGAGCGCGAACAGGACCAUAACGAACGCAACAAGCAGCGCUCUCACCACCACCACCGGCCGGCACGUGACCACCACCAUCACUACUACGACCGGGACAGAGACAGGGACCGAGAGGGGGAGGUGGCUCCCAAAAAGAGGGGUGAUGCAGGGGAAUGGGUCAGAGAUUCCUACAUCCACCAGUGACAGACCAAAUCCCUCCUGAAGCUCAUUUGGACUCUCCUCUUAAAGACCAUUCUGUUCUCCCAUUGUGCUGCUAUACCCUGAAACCACAGCAUCCUAUUUAUGUACACUUCCUUUGUAAAUGCUGUUGCAUCUUUUUCAAUGGCAGGAUUUUGAUUACAUAGAUACAAAUAUAAAUAUAUAAAUAUAUGUAUGUGUGUAUCUAUGCAUAGACGUUGUUUAUGUGUGGAUAUGCAUGAAUAUUCUCAAAUAUGCAUAUUUUAAACCUGUGUUUGAUAAAGCAUGACACAAAAGCAGAAUUUUUUUUUCUGUACUGAGCUGUGCUUUCUGUGAUUAGCAUUUUUUAUUUUAUUUUUGUUAUUGUUUUUUGUUUUUUUUGCUUGCAACCACUUGAAUAAUAUGUUCCUUCAGACUACUGCUAGAGUUGACUGCAAGAGUUGACUAACCAAGUUAGUUUGAUGCUGUAUUUGCGGAGGUCUUUUCUUAAAAAAAAAAAA